CAGUGUUUUAACUGAUUGUCUUUUGGUUUAAAAAGAAUAUAAAUGAAGUGUAGCUGAUAAAUUAAAUAUUUAGUUAGUUACAGUAGUAUGUUUUACCACCUAAUAUGUCAGGAUAUUUCAAAGUGCAUUUGUCUGUACGAAUUUCUCAGAUUUAUUUAUAUUGAAUUACAUUGUUUAGAAACGAAAAUUCAAAAUCUUUGAGCCUUGAUGUUCUCUAUAUGUUUAUAUAUAUAUAUUUACCUUGCUAUUGAGUACAUUAAAGAAAAGUAAAACACUCCUAGCAUUAUGGUUGAAGAACUUUCUGGAGCCACUGUUGUUAUUAUUAUAGCAGGGGGAGUGUUAACUUUAAUGUUAUUAUUUAUAUUUGCUAAAAGACAAAUUAUGAGAUUUGCUUUAAGAUCAAGAAGAGGACCUCAUGUACCAAUCGGGCAUGGUGCAAUAAAGUCCCUGAAGAAAGAAAUUCAUAGGAGAAUAGAUCUUGUUCCCAAAAUUGUUUAUGAACCACCAUUGAGUAAUGAUAAUGAAUCCAGAUAUAUAUUACCACCUGGCUCAGAUGUACCACCAUUUUACUACAGACUCAAAGCAUGUGAUGAUAUUAAACUUUUAGAGAAAGAAAUUUUAAAACAAGAUCCAAGUUUGCAUAGGCAUCCAAGUGAUAAUUUGAGAGUAUAUCUUCUGAACACUUUGGGUGCUCCGUUAAAUGGGGUUGGGCAAAGAUUAGUACAGCAAUUUUGUGAUUUAUAUGAACAUGCACGUCAUGAUCCUGCUGACUUCGGUGAUGAAGAAUAUCAAAUGUUUUCAAGAAUUUUACUGAAAUUGAUGGAUGCUGCACGUUUAUUGAAACCAUAUGCAGGAAGCAGAAAAAUGAGCCCAAGAGGUACCCCCCUAAAGACCAGAGAUAAAUGCCGCGAAUUGCAUGAAAAUAAAUUAGAAAAAAUUGAUGAUUCAGAAAUAGUUCCUGAUAAUAAUGAAACUUCUGUAUGAAUAUAUAUAUUUUUAUAAAUAUUUUUUUGUACAUAGCUAAACUGUAUAUAUUUUGUUUGUAAUAUAAGUAAAACAGAAGAAAUCACAAACAAAAAAAAUCGCUUUUAAGUGUUUUUGUUUAAUUUAUUUUAAGAGGAAA